UGUGUUCCGAUACCAUGCAGUGUUCGGCCAAAUGCCCGUUUCCAGUAGACUGUGUUGUCUCCUCCUGGUUAAAGGCGUGAACCAGGCUGAUGGUUUGGUCUCGGCGGGUAUGCACAUGUAUGCGGUGAGGAGCUACGCGAGCAGCUACACAUGUGCAGAUAGCACGAGGCUUGCAGGAACUAUCUCACCGACUCCCGCUGAUCUGGUACCUUUCCGCUCGAGAUGGACAGACUUUGAUGCCGUGACUGGCUCUCUAACGCGCGGCAGCUAGUACAGUGAAGGCAAGGGCCUGUAUCACCACGUGGAUGAGAUGGUGCCUUCCAUACGCAUUAUGCGACGAAAGCUUGCAAGCGAGUUACGGGACUGUGCCAACCUAUUCAGCUCUUGCCUGUCAAGUGCGGCGUCACAGGGCUGAACGAUACUAUACACCUCGCCGAAGACAAUUCCUUCCGCCCGGUCUCCUACGGCCCGACCUCGACGUGGAAUACUGUACGCAAUCUCGACGUGGUCAGACCGCAUAUAAUGUCAGACCAUUUCAGGAAUUGACAGGGAAUAGAUCCCAAUUUUCAUCUUGCAGUACCAGAAACGCUUCAGGUACAGCGUACUGUGAUGCAACAGGAACCCAUCAGCCAAGACCUACGCUAUCUACAGCCCAAGGUAAGUUUGUGUCAUCUCGCAGUCGCCAUUACUCCUACCCCCUGAUGAAUACGCUGGGGCCAUAUGAGCCCCGCAACCCCAUCCGUGCUUGGUCUUCAAGGCCAAGCACAGAAAGCGGGAUGCGGCCAUGCUUUCAAAACCAGCAAUCAAUAUCUUCUCAACCUCUGAAAAAGUUAUCUCACCUCGCCCCAUCGAAAUCAGACCCAUUCCGGUAAUCAAUUACUUACUGUGUGCAGGCCAGUACACCAACCACGAUGACCUCGCAUGUCUGACGUUCGGUGCUUAUGGCGCCACACGGAGAUCCCAUUGCUUACUUACAUUCACCCUAGGCCAGUGCGUCGAGGCCCCAU